CCCAAACGCCCACAACCACCGCACUCUUUACACUUUCGCGCAAGGACGUUGGCGAUGAAGAACACAACACGCAUUGGCAUCGUGCUGGCAGUCAGCGUGGCCUUUUUCAUUGUCGAAAUUAUUGUUGGGUUUCGAACCAAGAGUCUUGCACUUAUCGCAGAUGCGUUUCAUUACCUUAACGACAUCGUCGCAUAUGUCAUUGCCUUUGCAGCGGCGUGGCUCAAAGAAAGACGCAAACACACUCAUGAAUUCACCUAUGCAUUCCAUCGGGCCGAACUUGUUGGGGCGUUUUUUAAUGGUGUCUUCCUGCUCGCCCUUGCACUUUCGAUAUUCCUUCAGUCAAUCGAGCGAUUCGUUCAUUUGGAAGAAGUAGAAGACCCGAAGCUAAUAUUGAUCGUGGGAUGUAUUGGUCUGGGGCUCAACAUCAUCAGCAUUAUUGUCGUCCACGACCAUGGGCAUGGACACAGUCACUCCGCCAACGCCAUCGUCAACGAAGAUGAUGUUCAGACCACAGUAGUGUCCGUGGAUCCCGAUAGGCAUUUGCACGCUGACCAUCACCAUACCCUCGACCCUCCCAUUAUUCUUUCCGACCACAACCUCGGUCUGCUCGGUGUUCUCAUUCACGUUCUUGGGGAUGCCGUCAACAACAUCGGAGUCAUGAUAGUCGCCAUUAUCAUCUGGAAGCUAGAGGCUUAUGAACGGUACUAUGCUGACCCUGCCGCUUCUCUAGCCAUCAGCAUCGUCAUCUUCAUUAGCGCUGUGCCUCUCACACUCCGGUCUGGUCGCAUCCUUUUGGAAGCAACUCCCUUACACCUGAAUCUUGAAAAGAUCAAAGAAGACCUCGUCAGGUUGCCGCGAGUCCAAUCCGUACACGACCUUCAUGUUUGGCACUUGUCGCAAUCGGUCAUCCUCGCCACCCUUCACGUCUGUGUCCCCUCCGGCACCACCCUUGCUGAGUGGGAGAAGACAGAGCAACACCUCCAACAGUGCUUCCACGAGUAUGGAAUUAGCCAUGUCACCAUCUCGCCCGAGAUCUACAGGGACUCUGCACGCACCUCGACCGACGACUUCAUCGGGUGUAGCUCCCAAGAUCCAUUUGGAUGCUCCGUCACCGACUUGAAGCAACGGAAAGUUGGGGUUUAA